AUGGACUCCUCCAAACAGACCGAUGUUGCGGCCACGCAGAUACCGCACGAAACAGCUCACCAGCUAGGCAUCGAUGAAGGCGAGAAAGCGCUCGCAAAGCGUGUGUUACGGAAAAUUGACUGGCGCCUCAUACCGCUCAUGUUCUUUACUUAUAAUCUGAAUUUCAUGGACAAAACGAUUCUAUCGUCUGCUUCUGUAUUCGGGUUGCGAGAAGAUACUCAUUUAAAAGGCCAGCAGUACUCCUGGGUGUCCAGUGUAUUCUACUUCGGUUACUUCUUCUGGGAAUACCCGACCACAUUCCUCAUCCCCCGGCUACCCGUGGCCAAGUACCUGGCCAUGAAUACAUUCGUAUGGGGUGCUGUCGUCGCACUUACAGCUAUCUGUAGCAACUAUGGCGGCUUGCUUACUGUGCGCUUCUUCCUUGGUGUGGCGGAGGCUACUAUCACGCCAGCGUUUAUUUUCAUCACAAGCACAUGGUACACGCGUGACGAAAUCCCAACGCGAACCGGCAUCUGGUUCGCCGGAAACUCCAUCGGUGGCCUUGUCGCUUCCUUCCUCGCCUUUGGCGUCGGCCACAUCUCAGACUCUCUCGCUCCAUGGAAAUGGAUGUAUAUCAUCCUCGGAGUUUUAACCUUUAUAUGGGGUAUUCCGUUGCUCUUAUUCCUCCCUGACAGCAUUGCGAGCGCCAAAUUCUUGACUGAAGAAGAGCGCAAGUACGCCGCAGACCGCGUCGUAAUCGCUGGUACAGGACGCACAGCGAACGCCGGAUGGAAACUCGACCAAGCGCUCGAAUGCCUGAUGGAUCCGAAGACAUGGAUGAUUUUCAGCAUGAGUUUAAUGACGCAGAUACCGAAUGGCGGGACACAGAAUUUCGGCAAUCUGGUGCUUAAAAGUUUUGGUUUCACAAGCUUAGAGUCCACCCUCCUCGUAAUUCCCGCGUCCGUCAUCUCAGCCGGGACCAUCGCAGGAACGGGAUGGAUAGCGGGGCGUUUCCGCCAACUGAAUUGCAUUCUCAUCAUCUGCGUCGUCAUGCCCGCUAUCGUUGGUAGUUCGCUGAUCUAUGUUCGCCCACGGACUUCCUCUGGUGUCCAGCUCUUUGGGUACUUUCUGCUGUCUACGGGCCCUGGCGCGAUCCCUCUGCUCCUCUCCCUCGUCGGUGCAAACUACAAAGGUGUAACGAAGAAAAUGACAAUGACGGCCCUACUCUUCAUCGCGUACUGCGCCGGCAAUAUUGCAGGCCCGCAGUUCUUCCGCGCAAAGGACGCACCGCAUUACAACAUGGCGUUCAGAGCGAUCUUGAUCUGUUACUCGCUUGUUGUAGGUAUGGCCGUCGUGUUAAGGUUCUAUUUGCACUGGAUGAACACAAAGAGGGAGCAAGAGGAGGGUGUCAGGGGAAGUGCAGGCGCUGGAGGAGUCGUUGCCGGUGGCAAGAUGGUAGACGAAGCUGAUGAACGGAAUUUGAGCUCUAGAGUAGGCGAGAUUGAGCUUCGUGCGGAAGAUUAUGAUGAUGUGACGGACUGGAAGACUUUUGGCUUUAGAUAUCGCCUGUAG